GGACGUCGCUCGCUGCGUGCGUUCGGCGCGAAAUUCAAACCUUGUGCCCACGUGCGUGUUUUCUUAUAUUUUUUCGGAACAGAUUUAAGUGAUUCUUGUGUUAAAAGUGAAAGUUUUUGGACUUGUAUUUUUGCUUGGAGUUGGAUGAUUUUUUAUUAUGAAAGACACGCAGCAGAACGAUGAAAGAUCAUCACAAGAAAAGUACUCCUAACAUUGCUGAGAGGAUGCUCUAGGUCCUCAACAUGGAUUCCUUGGCCGUGGUGACGUCACUGCUCGGGCUCUUCUGCUUGUGUCCUGGUCCGGUCAGCUGUGGUCUCAACGAUGACUACAUGCAGGGCAGCGGAGAAGCUCCUUACAUCAUAGAGCAGCCAUUGGACGUCACUGUGGCCCGUCACCAACCAGCCACCUUGAACUGUCGAGCUGGAGGUUCCCCCCCUCCAACCAUCAGAUGGUACAAGGCAGGGCAACUGGUUGUCUCCGACAACCACAGGAGCUUGCUACCAGCGGGCGGGUUGUUCUUCCUAAGAGCCACCCAUGGAAGGUCACACUCUGAUGCUGGUGUGUACUGGUGUGAGGCGAAUAAUCCCUAUGGAACUGCUAGAAGUAGGAAUGCAACUCUGCAUGUUGCUGUUCUUCGUGAGGAGUUCAGACUAGAGCCAGCGACAACUCAAACCGCUCAGGGAGAGACUGUCAUACUGGAGUGCUCACCGCCGAGAGGGUCACCAGAACCUUCUGUCUACUGGAAGAAGAAUGGACAAAUGUUACACUUUGAUGGAGAUUCUAGAAUGCAUUUGGUAGACGGAGGCAGUCUCGUAAUACAAGACGCCAGGCAAACCGACGCUGGCAGAUACCAAUGUAUCGCGAGGAAUGCGGCGGGUACAAGGGAAUCAGCCGUUGCCACGCUCAGAAUACACAUUAAGCCGUACUUAAUCACGGGCCCCGAAGACGUCGUGGCUCAGACCGGCGGCAGCGUGACUUUCCAAUGUCGGGUGGGGGGUGACCCCCUCCCCGACGUGCUGUGGAGACGGACCGCUGGCGGUGGAAACAUGCCACUCGGCCGCGUCAAAGUCCUUGACGACAGAAGCCUCAGGCUCGACAACGUCAUUCUAGGAGAUGAAGGAGAAUAUACUUGUGAAGCUGAAAAUUCUGUUGGUGCUGUCAGUGCCAGUGGGUACUUAACCGUAUACGAUCCCCCAUCAAUUACACUAAGGCCAAAUUCAGUUAACGUUGAAAGUGGUUCAUCAGCUACAUACACUUGUUCAUCAACUGGAAAACCUCAACCAACAAUGUUUUGGAGUAUUGAAGGGAAUAGAACACUUAUAUUACCCGGGACGUCAAGAGAGAAAUAUCACGCAUCGAUGGUUCUAGAUGGAGUUACUGUGUUAACAAUCAAUGAUACAAACAAAAACGAUAGUGGAAACACGAUAGUUUGUUCGGCUGUAAACUUUGCCGGCAGUUCGUUUGUUAGAGGGAAGUUAAGCGUUACGUCAGACGAUGACCGGCCGCCGCCAAUCAUAACAAAUGGACCCUCUAACCAAACGUUACCUAUAAAAUCGAUGGCAGUUUUCCCCUGUACCGCUAUUGGUACACCUGAACCAAUCAUAGCCUGGUAUUUCGAAGGGGAAGCAUUAAUACAAAAUCAUAGAAGGAAUGUGUCUAAUGAUGGAACUCUAAUAUUGAGGGAUUUAGAUAAAAGCGACAGCGGCACAUAUACGUGCGUCGCGUCGUCUCAUCACGGCAAAUAUGUGUGGAGUGGGGUGUUGAUUGUAGAUAGUCCAACGAACCCUAAUAUACACUUCUUUAGAGCUGCUGACGUAUCUGCUCUCCCUGGACCACCUACAAAGCCGCAAGUGUACAACGUUUCGGAAACAACUUCGACUAUAACAUGGAACCAGAACAAUAAAAUUGGAUCCUCCUCUAUAUUAGGAUAUCAAAUUGAAAUGUUUUCGAAGGAAACCUUAUCUGGCAAUAAUACACCCAGGAAUUCCCGAGGUUGGGUUGUAUUAGCUAAAAGGGUUCAUCCGACACAGUUUACAGUUAGAAAUCUAGUGCCGGGGGUAACGUACAUGUUUAUUGUGAGAGCUGAGAACUCACAUGGCUUGUCUGCACCGAGCCCGACGUCCGAUGCUAUAACUAUUGGCGACGACAACUCGAUGUGGGAAAGUGGACUAUUCUCAAAUAAUACAGAAUUUAGAAACAAUAUAAUGACUGAUAAUAUCGUCGAACUUAUAGAAGCUACGCCGAUAGAUUCAAAAACCAUAAAACUCAUGUGGGAAAUCUUGAAUUUCUAUUACUUAGAGGGUCUUUUCAUAUACUUUCGGCCUCUAGACAAUAUAACGAAUGAGUACGAGAUGAAAACUAUUUUACAUUCCAACGACGUGUCGGGAUAUGAAAUAACGUCUUUGAGAAAAUACACGAAGUAUGAGUUUUUCCUUGUGCCAUUUUAUAAGAAGUUUGAGGGAAAGCCGUCCAAUUCCAGAGUGGCACAAACUUUGGAUGAUGUGCCCGACGGUCCGCCGACAAAUAUGGAAAUGUUUAUCUUCAAUUCCACUACCGUACACUUGAAGUGGUCCCCUCCGGAGCCUCAUUUACAAAAUGGUGCUAUCAUUGGAUACAAUGUUGUAGUGAACUGGCUGGACAUCCCUGCAAACAAAUCUAUGGUGGCGAUAAAUACGACUGUACAGCAAGCCACAAGCCUCAUAAUGACUAAUUUAACAUCCGGAGUUAGCUAUUCAGUUCAAAUCGCCGCUGAAACUUUAGUGGGCUUGGGUCCAUUUAGUCAGAAAGUCUAUUUGAAUAUUGAUUCUCGCUCUGUCGGACUGGAUCCUUUAUCGAGGUAUCCGAUGAACGGUGAAGUGUCCAUUGUGGCUGGGGACUUUGUGAUGGAAACAUGGUUUUACUUUUUAAUCGGGGCGAUCGUAUUGUUCAAGAUAAUUGUGAUUGGCGGUAUUAUUUACGUGCGGAAACAUAAUAUUUUUGCUAAAAAGUCUGCACUCCCAAAUAUUUAUGAUUCCAAUGGAACUAGCUUAGUGACUCAAAUGAACAUCAAAGCGGCUGUGUCACUGUCCCAUCCACUUAGCAGUUGCUACAAUAAGAACACGGUGACUAAGACUGAAUCACUUCUCUGGAUGGAAAACCAACCGGGUUUAUGUAUGUCCGGUACUCAAACCAACCAGAGCAAAGAAAAAGCCAAUUCAGAGUAUGAUAAAGUAGCUCAACCGCUACCGGAAUACGCGGAAGUGACUUCAGCACGAGUGAACGGAAACGAGUGGAAUACGAGUAAAACUGCAACCUCGCCCGCCGCUUACGCCUCGGUGACUCUCGUUGCCAACACUCGACAAUGCGUCAGCUCUUUGGGUUGGUUCCCGCCAGGAAGCAAAAACGUUGAAUCAUUUGACAACAGAUACAUUCCCGAUGAGGAACUCUAUCCAGCCAGCAACGGCGGAUACUACAACCGAAACGUUUACAGUGAGAAAUAUUUUCAAGGUCACCCAAAUGUUUUGAAAUUUUACGAUCUACCGUCGCUAGACAAGACACAAAAAGCGCAAAUAAGAUACAAUCAAAGCUUAGACGAAAGAAAAGGAGACAAGAACGCAAAGACUGAAGCUACACAAUCGUUAAUAGGUAGAACUUACGGAAUCAGUUCGAGGAAGAAUUCCGAAACUGAAGCGACUUAUAGAGCUUUUGGUGAAGAAACUUCAGAUGAUGAGAAUUAUGUUGAAGAUGGUGGGUAUGACGAGCUGCAGGCCAUGCAGCCUCAGAGGCAGAGACCACAGCAUCAGUAUGAGAGGCCUAAUUUCGACAACGAUGCAACGCGGACCUUAGCGAGACUGACUUCGUUUAGACACGGGCAAGGAGUUCACGGGUCGUCGCAGGCGUCUCUUGCGCCGACGCACGCCCCUCCCGCGCCGCACCCCCGCGUGGACUCUAUCACGCGGUAGUAUCACGCCUUGCCGGCUUUCGGCGACUUGUGCCAAACAGACGUUUAGACAUUGUUCCAAUUAGUAUAUAGAAUAGUGACGUCACUAACGAAAGAUCGCAGUUCUUCCUAACGUUGAACAGGCUCGGUGUAUCGUGUAAAGAACUCACUUUAUUUUCGAAAGGUUUAGUUUGUGCUGGAUGACAGUGAGUGUUACAAAUUGUGUGAACUCAUUUUGUGAGGCCUAAAGGGACAGCAACUGUGACGAGUUUGGCCUAACGUAGCUGGCUUUGAAAAUGCACAAUCUGCCGGAAAUAUUUUCGUUUAUAGAUAGUACUUUACAAAUAUUCUUUACAUGAAAGUAUUCCUAGUCUUUUGUAUAGUACACUAAUUGUAAAUUUUGUAAAUAACUUAUUGAAUAUAUUAACUUAAAAAAUCUGAUAGUUACGAUUCUUGAUGAUGUGUUAUCUGUAUCAAUUCUAAUAAAUGUUUGUAAUGUUAAUAUUGGAAUUGAUAGAAUUCAAUUGAUAUGUCCGUCUGAAUAUCAAUAACGAAUUUGUAAUCCGAAUAUCAUUAGUAUAAGCACAAUAAAACAUAGAGAAUGAAACAAAUUAACGCUUGGCAAUAAUUUGAAGUAACUCGUAGUGUAAAUAUCAAUACUAGCAGUAAAGUUAUAGAUUUCAGAACAAUACAAUGUUUAGAAGUGUAAUAACAUUUUUAUUUAUAGCUUGUUAGGUAAAAUAAAAGAGUAAUGAAAUUAAAUUCUGAUUUAUUUAAAGUAGUUCUCUAAUUUUAUAUUUAAAUUGAAAAAAACAUUUAGAUUAUAAUUUAGUGAUUAUUUCAUUUAAAUAGUUUUAUUUAUUUCUUGUGCCAUACGAAGCUUAUCUUAAUAUAAAGUAACAUUGGAGUUGUGACAUAAAAUUCAAAUGAUUAUAGGUACCGGCACAUAAAUUAAUUCAAAAUGUCUUCAGCGCCUAAAAAUUAAAAAAAAAUCAUUUAAUUUAUUAAAUAACUAUCAUUAUUAUAAUAACUUAAGCCACGCUCUUGUCGGUAUAGCAUUCUGCAUUCUUGUCUAUCAAACACCAAUUCAUUGACGUCUUUAUAAGACACGACAUUCGCCUUCUCUUUAAUCUAUGUUAGCUCAUUUUUGUUUAAUAUACAUACAUACUUAAACUUUUCCUAUUUCCCACCGGGAUAAGCAGAGACUAUGGAAUUCUCUUGCUUUCUCCACAGCCGACUUUUGUUUAAAUAAAAAUAAUAUUUAUAAAAUAAAAAAUCACUAACAUCAGUACACAAACGACAUGCGCAUAGGUCAAGUUAUGUGCCGGGAAUUAUACAAAGUUAUUAUCUACGUAAGAUAUGUGAUAUGAGUUAUAUAGCCACUUGUUAUAACUACUACAUAGCACAACUUGUAUGGUUGCAUAUCAUAAUUAACUAGGUUAGACAUAGUUAAAGAAAUGUUAAUAAAUUAGGACGAAUGUAGGUUCUAUUUAAUGCAAGUUUUAUCCAAAAAAUCUGAGUUCAUAUGCAUAUGAGUUUUAUUAUUUCCAUUUCAUAAUAUAAGAAAAUAAUUAUUGAUUUUCAAAAUUACUUAUACAAGUAUGUUUGGUUUUACCGAUAUUGCAAUUGAAACCACAAAGUAUUUUUUUUUUACUUUAUUAACUAUUUUAGUAAAACCCUUUAACGUUAAAAAUGUUUCCUAGUUGCUAUUAAUUCAGUCGAUUUUAUAUCAGCUGUUUUCUAGUAAGUAAUUCCAUGUAUUUUCAUCAAAUAUUAGCAUACAUUCUUGCACUAAAUAUAACCUAACAAUGUUAAGAAGCGAUUACUUACUUCACAUCUCGUCCUUAUUUAUCACGUUGUAAAUAUGUAAAAUGAAGUUGAACGCCUUUUAUACUUCGACUUGAGAAUGUCUGACUGCCUUUGUUGAUAUCUUGCCCUGUUCAAGUGGACUCUCUGAGAUACCUUGCUUCUUAUAAAGUGCCAUAUUUAUGUAGGUAUUAUAUUAACAACUCGCCAGGUGAUUCCUUUUAUUAAACUCACCAUUUCUAGUUCCUAUUUUCGCACUUCGUUUAAGUGAAGCGUGGGCGACGUCAUCGUCUUCUGUGAGAUCUUUGAGGCGGUUCCACUGGGAGCAAUGAAAUCUGUAAUGAAACAGUUAAAAUUGUAGAUCUUUUUGAUGUAACUUGUUGUUAUUUUCCUCGCAUGACUUUAACUACUUGGCCGGACUGAGUGACUCUCACUCGAUCUCACACUCCCACCCCAUCACAGAUUUGAGCAUUACGUCAAUAAGUAAGGAGCAUUCAGCUUUCUUAUGUCCAAUCUUUAUAAUAAAAUUAUAUUGGAUUGUAAUUUCUUGUAUUGUUUUAACGUAAAUAACACAAUGCUCAACAGUAUAACUGCUUCGUUUGACAUUGUAAAAACAACUUAUUCAACUGCAGGAAAAUGCUCAAAAUUGAAUUUUGUUGUUACUUUAACCUCGUAAAGACUAGAUUUCCAGAUUUGAAAAUGACAUUCGGUCUUACGGCUUUAAUAAGCACGUGUUCGUCAAUCAAUGAUGAAGUACCUAUUGUAAAAUAUGUAAUACUCGAAUCAAAUCUUCCAUUACAGAUGUUACGAACAUUACAGGAUUGUUACAUUACAAGCGAAUGCUCCCGGUGUGGAACCACCUUUAAUAACUAUUUUAAAGUUAUCGGUGGCCUAUCUAUUGCAUGCAUAAAUGUAAUCAUUCGCACUAAAUAUAUUAUGAUUGUAUUACAGAAUAAUAAGUUUUACAACUUCUAAAUGUUCAAGAUUUUAUGUGAGAAGUGGACAGUAAUAUUUGUUGUAGAUUCACAGGUGAUGUUUGAAGAUAUUGCAUGUUGUUGUCUUAUUCUGAAAACUUUAUAAGUGCUUUUUGAAAAUCACAUUCUAAUUUGAUUUUCUUCAAGAAAACCUCUCACGUAGUUUCAAUCUAGGUACAAACUGAGACUCCGGUUUUCUAUCUGGAAUAAAGGUAGCAUGACCGUUUCUUGUAGAAAAUGGGGAUAAAACCUAGUAGCUCAAAUGUAGAUGGUAGUACUGUUCCUAAAUUUUGACAGUUCUUCAUACUGUACAGCAAAUAUGAUAUGACAAAUUGCUAUAAAAUGUGGAGCAACUUAGAGUGUAUCCCCUCUGAAGGAGGAGUUACGAAAAAGAAAAGCAGCUAGUGGGAAAAGGCAGUUUUGAACGAAAAUAAGUUUUCCUUUUUCCGAUAUUUAGGGAACAAAAUAUAUAACACUAAGAUUUUGCUGUAAAACGCUGUGUAAAGGUUUGUAGUGUAAAAAUCUAACCAAAACAAUAUGUUUGUUUACCUACUAAAAAGUAUGGAGAAGUGUCAAAAUUGAAGAAAACACAACAGUAGUCACACCUGAUGCGAGAAAUAGGCAGAUUUGGCCAUUUCCGCAUAUGAAAAUAAGUGCGCAAUGUUAAUAAAUGUCAAAUAGCAAUAUUGCUCGAAACGGUCAUGCUACUUUCAUUUCAGGUAGAAAACCGUAGUCUCAGUUUUGACCUGGAUCGAAACUAGUGUGUGUCAUGCGAGGUUUUGUUGAAGAAAAUCGAAUCAGAAUGUGACUUACAAAACGGCACUGACGAGAUUUUCUCUAUAAGACAACCAUGUUCACAGUAAAUACAUUAUAAAGUAAAAUAUCAUUGUAGUGACAUAGCAAGGUGUCUAUACAGUUAUGCAAGUCAUAGUAGAAUGCCUAUUUUUGUGUGCGUCAUGACCAUUUGUUAAAAUAGAGAGUUUUCUCAACAAUAACGAUCUGAGACUAUUUUGAUUUUUGUAUUAGUCUUUGAAUACCUAUUUUUUAAUAAAAUAAUUUAAAUUACUAAUA